GUGCGGUGACGCGCGGCGAUUGGACGAGCACAGAGCUAAACUGUAUUGUACAGUAAAAAGACAAGACACCGAUAAUAACAACAACAGCUGCGGCCGCAUGAGGCUAACUAGGGACACACUGGCACUUUUCGGGCUCACACCAUAAAGAUUUCGGAUGUCACAAUGGCUGCAAACUUCACUAUUUCAGACAGUGAGUCAGAGCCAUCGGAGGAGGUAGAGGAAGGAGAAAUGAACCAAUCCUCAACUGGGCAAGAGCAGAGGAUUCCUUACCGCCACACCCUCACUGUACCUGAGCUCAGAGUACCAGCAACCGGUCGACUCAGACUGAACUCAGAAUCCAACGCUUCUACUGCCUCCAGAGACGAGGAGCUCCUGGCCAGGGGGGAAGAGGAAGCCGGUACGCCCACCGACGGAGCACCGUUCCGUGGACGAUCCAAGUCAGCUCCCCCUGCUCUGUGGGCAGCCAAGAAAUAUGGCCGGCAGCUUCGAAGGAUGAGUGACGAGUUUGACAGCCUGCUAGACAAAGGGGAGAUGAGGAGGGUGAAGAGCGCUGGGACGGCCAAACAGAUGCACCACUCCAAAAGCUGGUGGAGCUACCUCUUUAGUCACCAGGAGACAGAAGGCGAAAACAACCACCACGAAAGCCACACCCACCGCACCGAGUAGGCACUGAGGGCGACAGAGGAAUCGAUGGGCAUGAGAAGAAAGCAACGGGGAAGCCAAAACAACAAAUGUGAUGAGAACUAUGAGACCUGCUGUGAGUAGGAACAGAAGAAAGGUUGGUUUGAUCAAAAAGAGAAAUAUCCAAACACAAAGGCAUGGCCAAAUGGAACAAGCUGUUAUAGCACUGAGGUCCAAGCUUCAUGUCAUGUCAUUUUUACGCAUCACUGGUAACUACCUUUAUAAAACAGUUUUUUUUUGUUGUGGGUUGUGAUGUAAACAGCACUGUUGGGCAGCUCACUGUGAAAUGGUAACAAGUGAGACAGGCAUGAAGACAGACUUUUGGCUAUCUGAACCCCAUACAGUGGAUAGAAGGAUGGGCCAAGAGAGGAGAGAUUACCUCUUUAAAAUGCUCGGAAAAAAUACAACAGGCAUUUUUGAAAGGUGACCACUCAGUUAACAGAUGCUUCGCAUUUCAGUUGUCUCUCACAUCAACACUAUGCAAUAUACUGUAGAUGGAGAGAUAAAUAUACUGAAAACAAAACACCUGACUAUUCGAGGCCACCUUGAAUGCUGUUAGAACUUCCUUCCUUCCUCAUUUUCUUGGCGAAAUCACAGUUGUCAGUGUGUUACUAAUGCUUGUUUUGCUCCAAAGGUUUGUGCUCGAGUUGCACAAACUCAUGGAGAUCACUGUAUUGCGUGCCAAAACAAUCUUCAGGCAACAGAGGAGAGAGCAUAAAGAAGGAAGGAUGUUUUGAAGUAUUCAACUUGAGGCCUUUAUCCAGUUUCCACUUCUGCUACCUGCAAGCCAGUACCAUUAAAACCACUGUACUAGACUAUCAUUAACUACUUUGUAUCUCAAAUUUAUCAAAAGAACAAUCUUAUACAAGGACAAUCUCUGACAAUGCAGAAAUAGUAUCUUUUGUACAACUUCAGGGUUAUAUUAUAUCUGAAGAAAAUUACAUUAAACAUACAUAUAAAAAGCACAAACCAAUAUGAAUCUAUCUUUUUAAAGCCUUGGAUGAGCAAAAAUUAAAACAGACUUUGUCAUUUUUAUGUGUAAAUAUUUUGUUAAUAUUUUAUCAAAUGGCAUUGGAAGGGGAUUAUAAGCAACGUGGUUUAGCCAGAAUUUAAUUUUACGAGUUCCUAUUUUAUAAGGUUACCAUGCUGUUUAAGAAGUGGCCAACCUAGCAAUAGGCACUGUACAAUCCAUGGCUGUUGUGAUAAAUGUUAUGUGCAUAUUUAAAGAUGUGGGUGGGGAUGGACUAACUGCUGUACAAGGAGCCAACACUCUAGCCUUUGACCCCAUUUACUCAGCACCCAGUGCAUAUAGAGGACGGAUUUAGAGUCCAGUCCCAUGCAAACACAGGUGUAAACCACUGAAAGGGUUUAAACUAGAUUUUUCCAAACUACUUGGGGGAACUUGCUCAGAACUUGUUCAGGAAAAUCAGUUUCCAGUCCUGUCAGGUUUCUGUAUGCAUUUGAUUAAAUGUGUUUUUCACUUUGAUCUGCAUUGAGGUGUGAAUAAAAAGGGGUUUCAAUCUAUUAAGCCGUAGGUCUAGGAGUGCUGAUCUAAUGCUAAAUUUGCUAUUUAUGUGUUCUGUUCAACUUGGCACAUAAUACUCACAACACGACCUUUAUGAAAGUUGUUAUUAUUCAUAUUAAUCAUUACAAACUUAGAUCAGCACUUCUACACAGCUUGGUAAAUGUGAUUCGGCUAGUUGUGAUUUGUUUAUCGAUAUGUGAUUAUUGAAAAUGGUAAUAGGUUUGUUCUACUUGUGUCUUAUUCUCUUCCUCUCGACUUUGAGGUGGGGUGAGUUGUGAGGUGCUCGGGUGUGCAGGUCGAGGGCUGCGUUUGUAUCGUCUCUAAACUAUGGCCAAUUUUUAAUCAGAGAAUUUCUGCCAAUCUCAAUGACACAACCCUUUUCUAAGAUUCAUAUAAAUCUACAUACAAUGUGUUUGGUAACAGAUGAUAAAUUGACUGAAAUGUUUUGGCAGCCCUUUAAAAUGAAUUAAUAUCUGGUAUAAAGCUCCUCACUCAAUUAAUACAGUUAUACUGUGCUGUUAAAUUUUAACUACAUACUGCU